ACGGUGGCGAUGCCGAGCUGGAGCUGUCGGCCAUACGGCACCAACCUGAGGGGCUGGAGCAGCUGCUGGCCCAGACCAAGUUCACCAAGAAGGAGCUGCAAUCCCUCUACGUCCGUGGCUUCAAGAAUGAAUGUCCCAGCGGCCUCGUGGACGAGGAGACCUUCAAGCUCAUCUACUCGCAGUUCUUCCCCCAAGGCGACGCCAGCACCUACGCGCACUUCUUGUUCAACGCCUUCGACGCUGACCACAACGGGGCUCUCUGCUUCCAGGAAAUGUUGGAGAUCAUGAAGUCAAUCUACGACAUGAUGGGGCGCUGCACCCACCCCACCCUGAGGGACAGCGCACCCGCCGAGCAUGUGGAGCUGUUCUUCCAGAAGAUGGACAGGAACGGUGAUGGUGUGGUGACCUUCGAGGAGUUCCUGGAGACAUGCCAGAAGGACAAGGACAUCAUGAGCUCCAUGCAGAUCUUUGAGAGCGUGAUCUAG